AUGUCGAGAGAACGAAUUAAGAUAUUCCUCAAGAAAAUUGUGGAAGGUGGCAGGGAGUUCGCUGUUUGGGAGAUAGAUUUGAAAUCAGUGAAGGUUGCAAGGCGGUAUUGCAUAAUGUUAAUAGUAACGUUGACCAUAGGUCUGGUGUCGACCACUAUAGAGGGAAUCGUGGUUUAUAUAAAAGAAGGUAUCCCCAUUCGCACAGAAGUAGUGCUAUAUCCUUCUCCACAAGACACAGGGAUUGUCAUUAAUAUCUUGAGAACAUUGGUCGAAAUUCACUGGUGGCUACUGAUACAAUUGAUGACAGCUGUGGACUGCUUGGUUGCUACCUCGCUAGUCUUCGUGGGAUACAAAUUCAGGACCCUCGAAGCGUACUUCGGCAGUCUCAGGCAGAAGUAUUUGCAGCGCUCGGGCGAAAACUUGGAUGUUUUAGAGAGAGAUUUCCGCAAAGACUUCAUCACAGGCAUCAAAUUUCAUAAAGAAAUAUUAUGGUAA